UCCCCAUAUCAAAAAGAAGGAUAAAAACCCCUUGAAAAUUCCCCAUUUCAUCAAAAACCAGAACUUUUCUUCAAAGAUUGAAGUCUUUUUAACAAUUACCCACAUUUCUCUUGAUUCCUUCAAAAUUCCAUUUACCAGAAACCCAAUUUCGAAUUCAGAGCUCGCAUUUCCCCUAUAAAUACUGGAAAGACUUCAUUUUCUUUCUCUAUUUUUCUUAAUAUAACAAUUCAUCACAUUUGGAUUGUUUUUCUCCUUACAUCUUCAAUCACCCAAGUAUUUUUAAAAUUGUUAAUUGCCCAAUUUGAUAUUGAUCAUGUUGAUCGUGUAUGAUUAACAAAGUUUCCAUUUUGCUGUACAAAUUAGAGGAAUUUUUGACUAUUUUUCUUCUGUUGUAAAAUGAGGGUUUUCUGAUGAUAACUUAUAUUCCUCUUUUAUGUUGUAAAUUACUUAUUUUGAGUGGGUACUUAGGAGUUUUUAUUGCUUGGAGAUGAUGGAGAACAGUGAAGAAGCAGUGGAUGAUCAAGGCUCAGGAUGGCUUGAAGUGAAAAAGAAGCACAGAAGCAGCUCGAAGUUUUCUGUACAAAGCGGGGUUGGGGGAUUUUCAGCAAAAAAUGCUAAUAAUUUGAUUAGAGGUCAGCCUUCGUCAUAUGAGAAGGGUGGAAUUGUGCAAGGAAAAUGCAGAUCUCAGCUUCAAACAUCUGGAAGAAAUUCGGAUGUACAUAGCAGGGGUGGUCUUGCAAAGUCUACGGCUGAGUCAAAUGAAGAUAAAAAGGAUUUGUGUUAUCUUGAUAAAUGUGUUGUUAAGCAAGACCAUGAAGACCCCAUGACCCCUUCUUUUUUUGUUAAAAAUUCUAAUGGUAGUUGUGCAGAUAACCAAAAAAUUUUAUCAAAGGAUAAACCCCAUAUUGUUCACAAAAUCAAGUGGGGUGAUUUAGAAGAUGAUGUUCUGGUAGCGCAUCAUGAAACCAACAUUGGAGCUGAAAUCAAGUUCGGUGAUAUUGGAGAUGAUAAUGUGCGAGGCUGUAGGAAGCAUGACAAUACUUGUAACUCACUUUCAUGUAGUUCAUGUACUAAAAUCCAAGAAAACACCGUCGAAGCAUCCAUGGAUGUAGAUAGUCAUUCUUGUCAGAUAUCUCCAUUGACUCCUAAGGAUGAAAUAAUGGAAGAAACCUUUAAAGAGGCGUGUGAAAUAUCUUCAGAAGCGUUGGAAGCACAGACUGACAAUGACAAAGUAAUUUCUGAGGAUGAUGGUUACAAGGAAAUACAUACUGAACACAUCAAACCAAUAAAUGAUAAUCAAGUAGAUUCUAGCUUCCUAUCUUGUCAAGACUCUGGACCAGCAGCGAUACUUGAGGUGCCUGAUGUGAUGUUGGAGGUUGGGAAGCCAAAAAUAUCAGAAGCAUCUCUUGUAGAUGGUGGUUCAAGCACAAAGAUGGUUUCCCAGGGUGGAGUGUUACUUCCACCUGAGAACAGUGGACCUGAAACUCUGACUGAAUCAAUUAUGACAGAUUGUAUACAGGAUGGUAGAAUACCUGGUGAUCUGUCAAAAGCUCAGAUUAUAACUGCUUUUGGAGAAGGUGAUGCAGGGGAAAGCAAAGAAAGGUUUAGGGAACGGCUUUGGUGCUUCCUAUUUGAGAAUCUUAACAGGGCAGUAGAUGAACUUUAUCUUCUUUGUGAACUAGAAUGUGAUCUAGAGCAGAUGAAAGAGGCCAUUCUUGUUCUCGAAGAGGCUGCUUCUGACUUUAAAGAAUUAACUACAAGAGUAGAAGAAUUUGAGAAUGUCAAAAAGUCCUCUUCUCAAGUGGUCGACGGUGUGCCAAUUACUUUAAAGAGUGACCAUAGAAGGCCACAUGCUCUCUCAUGGGAGGUUCGUAGAAUGACAACUUCACCUCACAGAGCAGAGAUACUGUCUUCAUCUUUAGAGGCUUUUAAAAAGAUUCAACAAGAAAGAGCUGGCCGACGUCCGGGUGACAGCAAGAAAUCCUUGGGGCAGGACAGGUCCAACCGUGCUUCUACAUCUGGUGAUAACUCGAGGAAGUCAAUUAUGCUGUCUGAUGUAACAUCCAGUGAUAAAGAAUCAGGGAUAAAGUCAAGAAAACUCGGUGGAGGUUCCGAUCUCACUCAAGGGAACCUACAUGGAGAGAAACGAAACAUUGAAUCAGGCAAGUCUAGCAAAUUAUACUCUGUUCAAAAUGGUCGUGACCCACCAAAGAAGUAUAUCUCUUCUGAUGUUGCUUCAUCUAGGCCACUUCUUAAGGACUAUUCUGCUGCGUCUGGUUCUGGAAAGAGCAAGAGAGAAUAUCUUGGGUCUGAAACUGAGAAGCUGCUCCCUAGGAAAGAUAAAACAUUAACAGAAAAUAUUGUUGAAAAAAACUCCAAGAGUGUGGAUCACAUUAAGAGGCAAAUUCCUUCUGAAAAAGACAAAGAUAGGAGAAAUGCUACUUCAUGGAAAUCCAUGGAUGCAUGGAAGGAGAAGAGAAACUGGGAAGACAUACUUUCAUCUCCUUUCCGUGUUUCUUACCGUGUAUCACACUCACCCAACGUUGGUAAAAAAAGUGCUGAACGUGUACGUAUUUUGCAUGAAAAACUAAUGUCCCCUGAGAAGAAGAGGAAAACUGCUUUGGAUUUGAAGAAGGAAGCAGAGGAAAAGCAUGCACGGGCCUUGAGGAUCCGAAGUGAGUUGGAGAAUGAAAGAGUUCAAAAACUUCAGCGCACCUCAGAGAAACUGAUUCGUGUCAAUGAGUGGCAGGCUGUUAGGACUAUGAAGUUAAGAGAGGGAAUGCAUGCCCGUCAGCAGCGUAGUGAAUCACGACAUGAAGCUUUUCUAGCAGAAGUUGUGAGGAGAGCUGGUGAUGAAAGCAGUAAAGUGAAUGAGGUUCGUUUCAUUACUUCAUUAAAUGAAGAAAAUAAAAAGCUUAUGCUGCGCCAGAAACUGCAAGAUUCAGAGUUGAGGAGAGCUGAAAAACUUCAAGUGAUGAAAACUAAGCAGAAAGAAGAUAUGGCUAGAGAGGAAGCUGUUUUAGAACGCAGAAAGCUCAUUGAAGCUGAAAAGUUACAACGUCUUGCUGAGACACAGAGGAAAAAGGAGGAGGCUCAAAUUAGGAGGGAAGAAGAACGGAAGGCAUCAAGUGCAGCCAGGGAGGCAAGGGCCAUAGAGCAGCUUCGGAGGAGGGAGGAAAGAGCCAAAGCUCAGCAAGAGGAAGCUGAACUUCUAGCACAGAAAUUAGCUGAAAGACUUAGUGAAAGUGAGCAACGUCGUAAAUUUUACCUUGAACAAAUACGCGAGAGAGCUUCUAUGGAUUUCAGGGAUCAGUCUUCACCUUUACUGCGCCGAUCUGUUAAUAAAGAGAGUCAGGGCAGAUCUACACCAACCAACAAUAGUGAUGAUUGUCAAGCAAAUGGUAGUGUUAUUUUAGGAAACUCUGCACUUGCGACAGGCAAUGGUGCUUUGCAACACUCGCUGAAGCGAAGGAUUAAAAGAAUUCGGCAAAGACUUAUGGCUCUAAAAUUCGAAUUUUCUGAGCCUCCUGCUGCUCCUGAGAAUACUGGUAUUGGAUAUAGAACAACCGUGGGAACUGCAAGAGCAAAAAUUGGGAGGUGGCUUCAGGAACUGCAGAAACUUCGUCAAGCCAGAAAAGAAGGAGCCUCAAGUAUAGGGUUAAUAACUGCUGAAAUGGUCAAGUUUUUGGAGGGAAAGGAACCCGAGCUGCAGGCUUCUCGCCAAGCUGGUCUGCUUGAUUUUAUUGCUUCUGCCCUGCCUGCUUCACAUACAUCAAAACCUGAAGCUUGUCAGGUGACAAUACAUCUUUUAAAACUUCUGAGGGUGGUGUUAUCUACUCCUGUGAACAGGAGUUAUUUUCUUGCUCAGAAUCUUUUACCUCCUAUGAUCCCCAUGCUGUCAGCAGCCCUUGAAAACUAUAUAAAGAUUGCUGCAUCUUUAAAUCUCCCUGGAAGCACCAACUCGCUAUCAUGCAAAACACUACUUGAAAAUUUUGAAUCAGUCUCUGAAGUAUUAGAUGGUUUUUUAUGGACGGUCUCCGCAAUUAUUGGUCAUAUAAGCUCUGAUGAACGACAACUCCAAAUGCGAGAUGGCUUGCUGGAGUUAUUAAUUGCCUACCAAGUUAUUCACCGGCUGCGAGAUCUUUUUGCACUGUAUGAUAGGCCCCAGGUUGAAGGGUCCCCGUUCCCUUCUUCAAUUCUCUUGAGCAUCCAUCUACUGGUGGUUUUGACAUCCAGUCCUGGAAAUAGUUCCAUUAAUUGGGAAUCUUUACCUAUUGAAAUGGAACUGGGUAAUGAAAGUCAAGAAACUAAGAUUGCAGCCACUCCUGAUUGUGGAUGUUCCUUUGUAAAUAGUAACACUGGAGAUGAUAGACCUCCAUUAUCUGCACUAAAUGGUAGCGUAGUUGCACCGCUAUCUGAUGUACCAGAGGAUAGACCAUUAGAUGAAUCAUGUAGAAUAAAUAAAAAUGAUAAUUUAGUAUUAAUAGGCAAAGAUGUUGAAAGGAAGACAACUGAUGGUUCAGUUCAGUUGAAUAAUGUUAGCACUGCCAGGAUAGAUGGUACAGAUGUCUCACCGAAAAAUCUAGUUGAGCAGAAGGAAGAGAAACUUGUCAUCAUUCCCAGUGAGGAGAAAUUGAAUGAAAACAUAUCAAGCCUGAAACAACCGUUGGCAUUCCUUCUUUCCACUAUAUCUGAAACUGGAUUAGUCAGUCUUCCUUCUCUGUUGACGAGUGUGCUACUUCAAGCAAACAAUAGAUUAUCUUCUGAUCAGGCGUCAAAUGCCCUUCCAUCUAAUUUUGAAGAGGUGGCAACUGGAGUGCUGAAGGUUCUGAACAAUUUGGCUCUACUGGAUAUUACAUUUAUGCAGAGAAUGCUGGCUAGGCCAGACCUGAAAAUGGAGUUUUUCCACUUGAUGAGUUUCCUUCUUUCUUAUUGCACGAGCAAAUGGAAAGCAGCUAAUGAUCAGGUGGUUUUCUGCACUUCACUAUUUCUGAUGCAUGCAGAAAUGGCAAGAGUCAUACAAAUGACCUUUCUGUCUCAGAUUGGUUUGCUUCUCCUUGAAUCUAUGCUGCUUCUUGGAUACUUUGCCUUGUUCCACCCUGGGAAUCAAGCUGUUCUUCGAUGGGGUAAAAGUCCUACAAUACUUCACAAGGUGUGUGAUCUGCCUUUCGUGUUCUUCAGUGACCCAGAUUUGAUGCCAGUCUUGGCAGGGACGCUUCUUGCUGCCUGUUAUGGUUGUGAACAGAAUAAGGGUGUAGUUCAGCAGGAACUCAGUAUGGAUAUGCUACUUUCCUUGCUAAGAUCUUGCAGAAAUAUCUUACCAACAGUCAGAUCCAAUUCAAAUGCAGAAAAUCUAUCAGGAGAGGAUUCUAGUGAGUGUAACCAGCAGGGUGAUUUUAAAAGAUCUCAUGGGGACAUUCCUAUAAGAUCCAGUCGUAACAAUGCCAGAAGCACAAGGGUCUCUGGGGGAAAGGGCGGUGCUUUAGGAAACACCAUCAGAGUUGGCAAGAUGAGAAACCAAAGAGAUAGCAGAUUAACAAAAACGUGUGAAGAAACAAUUAUUAGACAAAACCUACCAGUUUUGGGGACUUCAAUAAUGUUAUACUGUAGAUUUCCUAGCAGCUUCAUUGACAGAGCAGAGCAUUUCUUUUCAGCUGGGAUCACCAAUAUGGGUGGUGAAGUGUGAGGUAACCACCAUGAAAUUCUUCUCAUCAUAUUUGGCAUUAAUUGGUUUUGCAGCUGAAAUUUCCGGAGGUCAUAUACCUAAAUACUGCAAUAGAGACUCUUUUUGUGCUGCAGCAGAUGCUUUGCAGAAAUCUGCUACAGUUUAUGAAGAUUUUGAUCAUAAUCACUGAUCACUAGGCUUCUUCCAAGCUAGUUGUUGUGAUGCGAAUUCUUCUGGCAGCAUUUUAGUUUGGAAAAAGAAUAAAAGGUAGUUCUUUUGAGACAAAACUUUGACUCAUCUUGUAAUUAUGUGUCAGCAUGGUUUACCAGCUUCGUCGUUAUGUCAGCAUGGUUUACCGGCUUCGCAUGCAUGUCUUAUGUUAGAUCUGAGUUAUGAGUUAAGAAUGUAGUAAACAUUGGUUUAGGAAGCUAGCAUAUGUUACAAUGGACAGGUUUCCCUUUGUCUAUCGUCAACACUUGUUGGCUGAUGUUACACUGAAAGUUGUACAAGUUUUUCCUGUAUCAUGCAUUGCAUGGGGCUGAGUUGUAAAGGUCUGACGGCCAAAUACUUGUUGGUCCAACACUACGAGAUCGUUGAACUUCAGUUUUCAUGCUCUACAAUACGACGCUCUUUUUUA